CAUCUUUUUGUUGGCAACAGCGCUUUGAAGUCGCGUUGUUAGCAAGUAUUGUUUUGUAUAUGCAAAAUGGUCGUUGUGGGGAAGUGAAGUUGCAUUGAUUUGAACUUAUUUUUGUUUUUUUAGGUAGAUUAUUAAAGAAUAUGGCAUCUAAUAUGAAUCGAGGCUACCCUGUCCCACCUCAGGCUGCUGUUCAAGGAAAUGCAGUUCCACCUGCAGGCCCAACACCUGUGCCUGUACCACCUCCUGGACCACCACCUGUCCCUAAUCAGUCAGGCCCUCCUUCUGCAGUUCCCCAAGGAGCUGGUGGUCCUCCUAUUCCUCCAGGAGCCAUGGGUGCAGUGCCCCCUCCUGGACCUGGGAUGAGACCACCUGACAGGCCAAUGACUUUACAACAUGCAGGACCUCCACCAAGCCGUCAGUAUGGAAGUCCGGCUCCAGUUUAUCAGCCUCAACCUCAACGAGCGGGUUAUCCUUCUGGUCCUAUGCAAGGUGCACCUGCUCCACCACCACAAGGCAUGCAUGGUCGUGUUGGGCAGGGAAUGGGCCCACCAGCUAAUACAUAUGCUGCAGGAGGGCGUACUCCUCAAGGACCAAUGCCUUCAAUGGGUAUGGAAUCACGUAAAAGACCUGCACCAGAUCGCUCAGACAGUAGAUCUCAAGGACCUCCAUCAUCUAAAAGUAGUGGCCCACCACCUGGCAGUACCACUACAAGUACCUCUGGUCCAACUACAAGUAGUAGCAGCAGUAGUAGUAGUAAAAAAAAGAAAAAGCUAGCAGAAAAAAUCUUACCUCAGAAAGUUCGAGACCUUGUUCCUGAAUCACAAGCAUAUAUGGAUCUUCUAACAUUUGAAAGGAAGUUAGACUCUACUAUAAUGCGAAAGAGACUUGAUAUUCAGGAGGCUCUUAAAAGACCUAUGAAGCAAAAACGAAAACUACGUAUUUUUAUUUCUAACACAUUUUAUCCUGGAAAACCUGAAGGAGAAUCCGAAGAACCAACAGUUCCUUCAUGGGAACUUAGAGUUGAAGGGCGACUGCUAGAUGAUCCUACUGCACCCAAAGCAGAUCAAAGCAAAGUAAAAAGAAAGUUUUCAUCAUUUUUCAAAAGCUUAGUGAUUGAACUAGACAAAGAUUUAUAUGGACCUGACAAUCAUUUGGUUGAGUGGCAUAGGACUCCAACAACUACAGAAACUGAUGGUUUUCAAGUAAAAAGGCCUGGAGACAAGAAUGUAAGAUGCACGAUACUUCUCUUGUUAGAUUAUCAGGUAUGUACUGCAUUCGAACAGAAUAAUGAAAUGUUUGUGUAUGGCCAAAAUUUCUUUAAAUGCUUUAAGCAAAUAUUUAGCAAAACUAGAAUGAAAACAACAAACAUCAUACUGUCUAUGAUGCUCUUUCCUGAUGGGAUUAGGGGUAUAUGGCUAGCAAAGUGUCAAGUAGUUGUUAGUCUCAUGGGACUGAGAGUUGAACUACAUCUGCCAGGGUAA